AUGAAGGAACGCGACACACAAAGCAUGAACAACACACGUAUAGAGCUGGAUUCCCUACCAAGAAGUGAUAGUAUAAAACACGAACCUCCUAUACUCAAUGGUGCAGGGAAUUGGAUCAAUGGAUUCAGGCGCGCCGAUCCGAGGCCAGGAUAUGAGCCUACCGAUGCUCCCGAGAGGUUUUACGAUUUAAGAGCCGCCAAUGCUAAGACGGCGAAUACCGCGCUUGCGAGGGAGUUGAAAGGGAGGCAUUUGCAGAUGAUUGCUUUUGGAGGUUCUAUUGGAACUGGUUUAUUCGUCGCGUCAGGCGGCUCAUUAUACAGAGGUGGUCCAGCAAGCCUUUUACUAUCUUAUAUCCUCAUCGGAGGAAUGCAGUAUUGCACAAUGCAGUCUUUAGGCGAACUAUGUGUAGCUUUUCCAAUAGCUGGUUCCUUUUCGGCGUUUUCAACACGUUUCUUAGAUCCAUCAUGGGGGUUUGCCAUGGGUUGGAAUUAUUGCUUGCAAUGGCUGUUCGUAUUGCCUUUGGAGAUAAUCGCUGGUGCUUUUACAAUCGGAUAUUGGAAUGAAGCCAUUAGCAGAUCAGUUUUUGUCGCCAUUUUUCUACUUAUCAUAGUCGUUAUCAACCUAUUCGGCGUCAAGACGUACGGAGAAGCGGAGUUUAUCUUUUCUCUCAUCAAAAUCACUGCCAUCGUUGGCUUCAUACUCUUGGCUAUUGUGAUCAACAUAGCCGGCGAGCCAGAAGGCCAAUACAUAGGUGGCAUGUAUUGGCGAAACCCGGGCGCGUUCAAGAACGGGUUCAAGGGCUUUUGUAGCGUCUUGGUGACGUCUGCCUUUUCAUUUACAGGGACAGAGCUGAUCGGUCUCGCUGCUGCCGAGACGGCCAAUCCUCGAAAAUCUCUACCUACAGCGAUCAAGCAGGUGUUUUGGCGUAUCAUGAUUUUCUAUUUAGUAGCCCUAUUGCUCGUGGGUCUGUUAGUACCCUCUGACGAUAAACGUCUUGUCGGCGGUGAUAACGUCGCAGACGCUACAGCGAGUCCCUUUGUUAUUGCGAUAGAGAAGGCUGGUACUUCUCUUCUUCCUGGAAUAAUGAAUGCCAUCAUCUUGAUAGCUGUCAUUAGCGUCGGCAACUCAGCUGUCUUUGGGUCUUCGAGGACAUUAGCUGCUUUGGCUGAGCAAUCCCAUGCACCUCAGAUCUUUGCCUAUGUGGACCGACAAGGUCGUCCACUCAUGGCCAUCCUCUUCGCAUCUUGUAUCGGCUUUCUAGCAUUCCUUGCGGAUGUGAACUCUCAUGAUGCCAUUUUUAACUGGCUCCUCUCCAUCAGCGCUCUGAGCACCUUGUUCACAUGGGGCAGUAUCUGUCUAUGCUAUAUCCGAUUUCGCACAGCCUGGAGCUACAACGCACACACGAUCGAGCAGCUGCCGUUCAAGUCGCACGUCGGCAUCACGGGAGCAUGGAUAGCUUUGAUCGGCUAUAUACUGGUGCUUGGGUCGCAGAUUUGGAUAGCUGCGUCUCCUGUGUAUGCGCCCGACAUCAAUGAUGGCCCUUCCGGCGUUGCGCAGAACUUUUUCUUGAAGGUUCUGGCCAUUCCGAUUAUCAUGUUAUUCUAUAUCUGCCACAAGGUGUGGUAUCGCACGCAGAUUGUGCGACUGGAAGAAAUGGAUGUUGAGACAGGGCGACGAUACUUUCGUGUACAUAUCAUCGCGGCGCAAGAGCGGGAAGAACGGUUAGGCUGGCCUAAAUGGAAAAGGCUUUAUUGGUUUUUAUGUGCCUGA